AUGGACAAUUGUAAUGCGGUAGCUACGCCACUAAAUUUAUCGCAAAAGUUAACAUUAGAACUGUGUCCAAAAACUGAAGAAGAAAAGAAAACGAUGGAAAUGGUUCCAUAUAUGGAGGCAGUGGGUAGUCUGUUGUAUGCAGCACAAAAUAUCCGGCCUGAUAUUAGCUUCCCAGUCAAUUUGUUGAGUCUUUUCUCACAAAACCCCGGGAAAGGUCAUUGGCUCGCACUGAAGCGAGUAAUGGGGUAUUUGAAGGGUACAGUCAGCAAAGGCAUCGUGUUUCGGAAAUCUGCUCAAAGUUUAACUGGUUAUUGUGAUGCUGACUGUGCAGGAGAUCUUGAUCAAAGGCGAUCAACAUCUGGUUACGUAUUUAUAAUGCAAGGUGCAGCUAUAUCUUGGUCAUCGCACAGACAGCGUACCGUAGCAUUGUCAUCAACUGAGGCGGAGUUAACAUCUGUAGUGAGCGCAAUGCAAGAAGCGAUUUGGUUACAUCGGCUAGAGUCGGAACUAGUUCAUGGUGGUACAGAAGGAAUAAAAAUGUACUGCGAUAACAAGAGCGCUAUUCACAUUAUUCGGAACAAUAACUUUUCUCCCCGAACUAAGCACGUGGACAUCAAGCCGAAAUUUAUACGAGAGAAGUUACGAGAUAAGUCAUUGCAGCUGGAAUAUAUUUCAACAAGUGAAAUGCUAGCAGAUGGUUUAACAAAGGCUAUACCUGCAAUUAAGAAUGAAUUUAUUAAUGUUAAAUUAGGCUUAAAGUAA